UAAAAUCAGUUUAAUUUAAGGAAUGAAUGAGUUACUGUUAAAUUUAUGUUGGCCUGCUUUGUACCUCACAAUUUAGACAGCCCUCUGUUUAAAUACAACUCAAUAAAAAAGAUGUUAUAGCAAAGACAAAAUAUUAAUAUAACUAAAUAGGCAAGAGACAAAGAUUCGCUGUCCGAUUUUUCAUAAAACGUUCGUUGUGGAAACAAAUUUUACAUUACAAUGCAAAAACCACACAGCCGCAUAAAAGGUUUAUAAUGUGACAAAAAAAGCUAAAAUUAGAGGAAAUUCUGUAUAAUCUAUUUUAUUACGUAUUCUUACAAUUAUAUCGCUGUCCCGUCUUUUUUUCUGUUUAACAGUUAUUUAUUCGCAGGUUUGCGUGUGUUUAUAUCUCGUAAAAAUAUGGAAAAACUAACUAUGGAAUGAUUUAAAACUUUAAUACUUGGUCGCCAUUUUUUGUUUUGAAGCGUUAAGCGUCGUCAAGCAAUACAAACGUCAUUAUCGAGAAUGUGUAACAAACGAGCAUUAUUGCAGCAUUGUUACGUCAUAAAGAGACAAAAACAGUUUCAAUGGAAAAAAAAUCAAAUCGCUACCAGUCUAAAAAUGCAGACAGAGCACAGCUUGCUGAUUUAAAUAGCAAAUUUAGAAGUUGCAAUGAAUGCUGUGCAGUCGAACACAGGAAAUAUGUUCAACGUUGCCGAUAUUUCAAUGUCAGUCGCGCUUUUUCCUAACAAGUUGUAUCGCAUGUUGAGCGAUACGCAGUGUCACUCACUAUAUUGGGGUGUUAGCGGCGACCACUUGGUUAUAAAUACAAGAGAUUUUGAGGACGAGUUACUGCAAAACACAGCGGCAAGAUGGCGAUAUCAACUAAAAACAACAUCGACUACAAGCUUUAUACGACAACUGCACGCAUACGGGUUCAGAAAAGUUAUAGAAGGCUUUUGUUUAGAAAGACCUGCUGAACCAAACCAUAUACGAAGAUAUUACCAUCCUUAUUUUCACCGGGACCGUAUGGACUUGCUCGUUUUCAUGAAACGUAGCGUGCGAACAUCAACUAGAAGGCCCAUCAGUUCAUCUGCCAUGGCCCAAGUUGCUGGCCCUGCGCUCCUAAAUCGACACCUUAUGACCGGGUUACCGGGCUACAGGCAGGACAGAGCCAUGUUUACCGAGUUCCGACCGAGACCACCGCCUGUUUUCAUGUCAAAACGUCGGCGAAAAACUCAACCGAUGAGGCACCCGUCUUUUGACAACAAACGCUACAAAACUGAAACUGGUGACUAAAACUAGUUACCUAUGUAGUACUGUGGGGUAAGAUGGGAUACGUUUAAGCACACAUUGUCCCAUAUUUCAUAUUCAAGUUUUUACCGAAUAACAAAGGUAUUUUAUUUUAGAAUACUGAGGAUAUAAAUAUGGUUAUAUAAUUCUUUACAUAUUCUUAGUUUACUACCAACCACCUUCAUACCACAAGGGACCCCAACCUACUAUAUAUGCAUGUUUUCUUUAUAUUCCUU